CACGAACAGACGAGCUGUGUGUGGACUGUAUCGUGAGCCUGGAGUCUUGAACUGAACCACAAAGAGUUAUGUACUGUGCUCAUCCUGUCUCAGGCACAGGCAACAACUCAUUGAUGUAUUGCUACAACAUGAAACCAGUUUACGGGCAGUCUCCCACUAAUGACGACAUCAACCAGAACUCAUCUUCACAUCCAUCCAACAAGGUCCCCAGCAAUGUGUUCGCAAGCACCUUCUUUGAGGGGACGAGCAAUUCACCCGACAUCUGGAAUGCUGUAAAUGGGCUGAACCAGCAGGGCUAUGAAGGUGCACUGGGAGCGGCCACAAUCCACCAAACACAGCCGGGGAGCUACAGCAGCCUGCAACCACCACACAGUCACCUGGACUACUCUUCACAUUCAGUGAUGGCCACUGAUAUGAACAGGGGUCUCCCACCCAUGUCCACAUUUCACCGCAACAAUACGGCACCACGCACUCCGUCAAUCAACACCUCAGAGAAUUCAACAGUCUCAGGGAGUCAGGCAAAUGUAUCAGGAGGGUCACAGACAGGCGAUACCUUGGGCAAAGCUUUGGCCUCUAUUUAUUCCCCUGAUCACACCAGCAGCAGCUUCCCCUCCAGCUCGUCCACACCGGUGAGGUCUCCGUCUCCACUGCCAAACACAGCUGAACCUGCAGGUACUAACAUGUGGCCCCGGAGUUCAGUUCAGGCACCAGUCUCACCACAUUAUGAGUCUUCACUUAUAUCAAUGUCUCAGGUGGAGGACCGUCUGGACAGACUUGAUGAUGUGAUCCACGUCCUGAGGAACCACGCUGUGGGCCCGACGGCCGGUCUGCCCACUGACAUCCACGGCCUGUUAAACCAGACCCACCACGGCCACCCGGGCUCUGCCAACACUCUGCCGCUCACCUGUCACACUCCAGCCAUGGUUGAAGCUGUCAGUAUGAACAACAACCACUCAGCCUUCCAGAGAAGUACACAAAAUGGCCACCCGUACCCAGCCAGACAGAGGGCCACACUUCAGCCCAUGCAAGGCGGAGGAGGUCUGGGAGUUCAGGGCAAUCUGGAGCUGAAAAUGGAAAGCGGGGAAAGGGAAGAGAUGAUGCACACCAAUCACAGUCACAGCUCUGACAGCCAGAGAUCAGAUGAGGAGAGCGAACACAAAACACAUGGAGAAAACAGCACAAGGAACAGUAUCCACGAGGACGAGGAGCUCAGCCCGGAGCAGAAGGCCGAACGUGAGCGUGAGAGGAGGAUGGCCAACAAUGCUCGUGAACGUCUGCGUGUGCGGGACAUCAACGAGGCCUUUAAGGAGCUGGGUCACAUGUGUCAGCUGCACCUGAAGAGUGAGAAGCCGCAGACCAAACUGUUGGUGCUGCAUCAGGCCGUGGCGGUGAUCCUCAGCCUGGAACAACAAGUCAGAGAGAGGAACCUGAACCCAAAGGCAGCGUGUCUGCGGAGGAGAGAGGAAGAGAAGGCGUCUGCAGUCAUGACGGAUCCACAGUCCAUGCAUCUCGCUUUUCAUCCCAGUCUGACUGACCCACCAAACCCCAUGGGCCACCUCUGAGCAUCUGAUGAUAACUACGUCACAUGCAAUAUCAAAUGUCGAUUGAAGAGCAUCCCAGCAUUUCUUCUGAAUCUGGACCAGAGCAGAGAGGUCGGCCUCUCUGAUUGUAAAGUGUGAUGCAGUUGAACAAUCAUCUCCUCACUUCCCAACAAACUUCCAACUUUGUGCCUAAACUUUAUCUGUAAGAGACAAAUGCAUUGUAAGCUGCAGAUGUUUUGUAAAUAUUUUGUAUAUUUAUUGAUUACCUUUAUGUUUGAUUAUAUCUGAAUGGAUGAAACGCAGUAGAGGCAAAGUGUCAUCUGCAGUUUUCUUUGUUUUUUUUUUUGGCAGGGCCAGAUAUAUUGUCUGACUUUUACAGUGUGUCACUAUUUACCACCUACACUCAUGAUUUCCACUGAGCUCAGAGAACUGACAUUACCACACAUGUGCGUUCAGACAGCGGAUUUCAUUUGUCCUGUGGUUUGUGUGUGUGAGUGUGUGAGUAUUGCUGGAGUUUGACCAUUCUGUGAAUGAACAGAUCUCCGAGAAUGUUCUUAAAUGUGUGGGCAUCAUCUAUUGUUCGUAUAUUUGUUAUAAAUUUGUGUUAUAGCACUGAUGACAAGAUUACACUUACUGAAACACUGGUGGACAGAAUCUUUCUUCUUCUCAGUGUAAUUAUUGCGCUUCAGAUGUAGUCAAAGCUCUUUGCAUGUUUCAGUUUUCAAUAGAACAUUUUGUUUUUUCUAAGUUAUAUAAGUUAUCUUUUAUACAGAUGUCGUGAAUUUAUCAAUGUUUGUUUUGUUUUUUCCAUUCUGAUUUUACACAAAACACUUUUUGUGCAGUUUUGUUAGAUGUAGCCACAUUUCAUGCUCUGAGCAAUACAGUAUUACAGAAUAAUUGAUGUCUUGUUUGCUUAUCACACUGCUGAACAGAUAAUGAAUAAUAAUCCAGAAUAA